UCUGUGUUGAGGCUUGCCAUAUAUUACCUGAACUCUGUAGCAGAAGCCUACAAGAAUGCCACCUCGGAGCUGAAAAAGAAAAUGCAGAUGGCCAGAGAUGAGGACAAGAACAGGCGUAACAACAAGAAAAGCACCAACCAGCAACAGCAGGACCUGGAAGACCUGCUCCCAAAGCGAUCUCUGGCCCCUCCCCCUCCCCCAGAGAACAACACCGAAAAAAAACAGGAGAAAGGUGGGAGGGGGACCAGAGUGAAGCCAGGUGCUGCAGGGGGCGUUAACGUGCAGAAGGAUGCGUCACUGGCAUUGGCCAAUCCGAACGCUCGAGGGCCAGUGACCCGGGAACCUGCACCUCGGGGACCAGGGGCACUUCCGGGAAACCCACAGGAACGUGGUGAGAAAGGUCGAGGACGAGGUGCCCCAAGACAAUAAACUGCCGCAACCCCUCGCUAGUCUGCUAAUCGCUGAUCCAUGUCACUUUUUAAGGAACAGUUGAGUAACAUUGCACUUUUAAGAGGUGUAGCGUAAACACUAAUCUCCUUUUAAAAGCAAUAUAAACAGUAAACUAAUGUGUGUUGGAAUUCUGAAAUGGGGUGAUAUGUUAAACGACUUUAAUUUAAUUUAAUUUAAUGGACAUUGUUAGUUUAAGAUAAAUUGUUGUUAUUUUCAUGUCGAAAAUUGGUAUGAAUUGUAGGCCUAUCAUUUAAGUAGAAAUUCAAUCAAUUCAAUCAAUAUGGCUGAACAUUCAUUUGAUUAUUGACUUAUUGUUGAAAACAACUCUAAUGUAUUAUUACCAUUGAUAACCACUGUAAGUUUAUUAUAAUUCUGGAAGACCAUCAGCACAUCUUCACUAUGGCAAAAUAAGCUAGGAUGAUCUACAAAGCACUUAAUUGUUUAUCUCUUUUUUAUAUUAUGUUGUAAACCAAAUCUUUAUUGUUUCAAUAAUAUUCCCCAUU